UUUUUUUUUACGCCAAAGACCAAUAUAAAUGAAGACGCGCAAGGGGCGGAUAUAAUUAUCUCUAAGCAACUCGUUUCUUCUUAUAUUCUCAAACCAUAAUCAAUAAACAUACUCACCAUUAUCAGAAGAGAAUGUCUUCUUCACGUGUAAACCUAGCAAAGUCACUUAUUCCACUGAAGGAGAUCCGCUUGGCCACCCAAGACUUUAGUUCAGAAACUCGGAUCGGACGUGGUGAAUUUGCUAGUGUCUAUAGAGGACAACUUUCUAAACGCUGGCAAAACCAAACAGCUGCCUUCAGACGCUUAUAUCCAAGUAAUUUCAAAGGACAUGAUGGAUUCCGUAAUGACCUUGAGAUGAUUUCGAGCUUCAACCAUGAAAAUAUCAUCCCUUUCAUUGGCUACUGUGUUGAAGAUAACGAGAUGAUUAUAGCUUUUGGAUACGCUAUUAAUGGAAGCCUUCAAGAUCAUCUCCAAGACCCCAAUAAAAGACGUUGCCUAACAUGGGAACAACGCCUAAAGAUCUGCAUAGGGGCAGCAAAAGGGCUCGAGUACCUGCACUCGGGUGCUGGAGAGAGCCGAAGAAUAAUACACAAAAACAUCAAAGCAACAAACAUAUUGUUGGAUGAUAAUUUGGAAGCCAAAAUAUGUGAUUUUGGUUUUAGAUCAAGGCUAAUUACCGUACAUACAACUUAUGUCGGUAACAGCUUUUACAUGGACCCCAAUUAUUUUGAAAUUGGAAACCUCACGAAAGAAUCAGACGUAUACUCGUUUGGCGUGCUGCUUUUUGAAACACUGAGUGGGAUGCUGGCUAAUGAUAGAAGGAGCAUUGAAGAUCGUAAGCCACAAACUCUCAUGAAUUUGGUCCGGCGCCACUAUGAGGAUGGGUUGGACCAGAUAAUUGAUCCAUUUAUAAGAAGUCAAAUUGAUAGUCGUUCUUUCAAUACGUUUAAGAAAAUUGCAUAUCAAUGCAUUAGUUUCAAAUCAAAGGAUCGACCUAAGAUGGAUACCAUCAUCGAGAGGAUCAAGGAAGCAUUGGAUAUCCAAUCACAGAAACAUGGAGCUGCUUUAAGCAUUACCAUAGGAAUGAACCGAUAUGAAAACCUGGAGAGGUGUCUAAUCCCACUGAAGGAGGUCAACUUGGCCACAGGAUACAAGAGUCAAGAAACUUGUGUAGGAGUCGGUGGAUCUGGUGUGGUCUACAAAGGUCAACUCUCUGAACAUUGGCAGAAUCGCACAGCUGCAUUCAAAUGCAUAUAUCCCACUCGUUCACGAAGAGAGCAAGAGUUCCGAAAUGAAGUUGAGAUGAUGUCAAGCUUCAACCAUGAAAAUAUCAUCCCUUUUAUUGGCUAUUGUGAUGAGGGCAAUGAGAGGAUUAUAGUUUCUGAAUAUGCUAUCAAUGGAAGUCUUGAUCAACAUCUAAAAGACCCUAAUAAAAUCCGAUGCUUAACAUGGGAACAACGCCUUAAGAUUUGCCUAGGAGCAGCAAGAGGACUCAAGUACCUUCACUCGGGUUUAGGGGAGCAGAACAAAGUAAUACAUAGAGGUGUCUCAAGUUCAAACAUAUUGUUAGAUGGAAAUCUUGAAGCAAAAUUUUGUUGUUUUGUUUUGGCAAUAUUAGUCGACGGAAAUCAGCGAGAAGUCUAUGAACCUGCUGUGGGUACCCCAUUUUACAUGGAUCCAAUUUACAAUGAAAGUGGCAUCGUUAGCACAGAAUCAGACAUUUACUCAUUUGGGGUGGUAUUAUUUGAGAUGUUGGGUGGUAUGUUGGCUUCUGAUCAAAGGACCAUUGGUGAAGAUGAGCCACAAACACUCAUAAAUUUGGUACGACGUUACUAUCAUGACGGAUUGGAAAACUUAAUUGAUCCUCAUAUAAGAGAUCAAAUUAAUACUCACUCUUUCCAUGCAUUCAAGGAACUUGCAUAUCAAUGCAUUAGUUUGAAGUUAAGAGAUCGCCCUACUAUGAACAGGAUCAUCAAGAGGAUUGAAGAAGCACAAUAUAUUCAAAACCUUGGAGUACCUUCCACCAUUGCUACACCAAGCCACCAAUGUCAAAACCUAGAAAGUUUUCUAAUUCCACUGGAGGAAAUCAAAUUGGCAACCAGAGACUUUAGUGCUGAAACUCAGAUUGGAGAUGGUGGAUUUGGUGUGGUCUAUAGAGGACAGCUCUCUGAACUCUGGAAAAAUUGCGUAGUGGCUAUCAAACGCCUUGAUCUCAAAAGUCACCAAGGAAAAGAUGAAUUCCUUACCGAGCUAAAGUUCAUUUCCAGUUUUCAUCAUGACAACAUCAUCUCUUUUGUUGGUUACUGUGAUGAAGACAAUGAGAUGAUCUUAGUUUACGAGUAUGCAAGCAAUCAUAGCCUUGAUCAUCAUCUCCAAGACUCAAAGAAGAGGGGUCGUCUAACAUGGUCACAACGCCUCAAGAUUUGUUUAGGGGUAGCAAGAGGACUCAACUACAUCCACUCAAGUCUAGGUGAAGAAAUUAGAGUCAUUCACAGAGACAUCAAGAGUGGAAACAUAUUGCUUGAUGAAAAUAUGGAAGCCAAAAUUUGUGAUUUUGGUUUAUCGAAACAAUCCCCUAGAGAUACACAAGGUACGGAAAUCUAUACAAAAGCUGCUGGUACUGUUUUUUACUUGGAUCCCAUUUACCAAGAAAGCGGAAUCCUCCAUAAAGAGUCAGAUGUGUACUCGUUUGGCGUGGUAUUGUUCGAAAUCUUGAGUGGGAUGUUGGCUUACCAUCGAAGGAGUUUUGGAGAUGGUAACCCACAACCUCUCAUAAAUCUUGUACGACGCUAUUAUAACAACGGACUUGAGGAAUUAAUUGAUCCCCUUAUUAGAGAUCAAAUUGAUAGUCGGUGUUUUCAUAUAUUUAAAGAACUUGCAUUCCAAUGCAUUAGCUACAAUUUCAAGGAACGCCCUACGAUGGAAACCGUCAUCGAGAGGAUUGAGGAUGCAAUCGAUGUUCAAAAAUUAAAGAAACUAAGAGAUGGAUGAACGAGUUUGGAAGCCAUCUUUCGGUGAAAGAAGGGGACAAAUUCUAUAUCCAUUUAAUUGUCGACAUAUCAAUGACUUCCAGCCUAGCUAGGAAGAGGUACCGGGUUUAAUAAUUAAUACCCACAUAAGGUUAGAUGUGUGGAGUUCAAUCCCUAUGAAACCCAAAAAUGGGUGCUUCUUAAACUUGUGCCAAAUGUGGGGAAAUUUUCUUUUAGACCCCUAUGAUGGUUGGGUUUGUCUUGUAAAUGAGCUUGAACUCGCGGUGCUCGUUGAAAUAUGCGAGUAGAAUCAUUGUCGAUUCCAAAAAAAAAAUUGGCGACGUAGAUUGUCAAGAAGCAAUCCCUACAAAACCCAAAAAUCGGUGCCUCUUAAACUUGUGCCUCAUUUGGGGAAAUUUUCCUUAGAAACCCCUGUCGAGGCUAGGUUUGUCUUGUAAAUAAGCUCGAACUCAGGGUGCUCGUUGAAAUAUGCGAGUAGGUUACCGCAGAAUCAUUUGCCGUUUCCAAAAAAAAAAUGUCGACAUAGAUUGUUAAGAAGUUGUAUCCAUUUAAUUGAGAAGUUGCUAUAGUCGUGUAGGUAUUGUGAACCAUACAUUUGUGCUCUUUCAUUCAAGUUUUGAUAAAGGGAUAUCUACCAUUUAUUAAAUUAUCAGACAAAAUUGAAACUAAAAAAAUGAUUCAUGGCAUAACAAACUAUUGAUUUUGUUUACAUUUAUAUUCUUUUUUUGUAUAUCAUAUAACAUCAAACUUGAUGAAAUUACUCACAUUUUACCAUUAUAACAUGUUGUUGUAGGUUACCAACAGUAAAAAUAUAAACCGUUACAAUAAGUUAGUUGGUAUGUGGUGUAUAUAAAAAAAAGACUAAAUUUACCAAAAUUUAAAGGUCUUUUGGGAAUCAAUAUUUGCAUGAGAACUUGAGAUUUUUUUCCACCAAAUUUUUUCAAAACCAAGACGACCAUACCAUCUUGAGUGCAUCGUCUAAACAAGUUGCACCAUAAUAAAAAAAAUGGCAUUCGUUUUUUGUAAUUUGUAUAUAUGUAUAUUUAUAGUUGGGGCUCAUUUUCAUACUGUUAGACAGACUAGGUUAUCAAUGUUAAUCUGUAGCCGUUUAUUGAAUUCGAUUUAGUGGGUGUUUGGGAUAACUUUUUAAAAUAGCUUAUUAGUUUUUUAGCUUUUCAAAAAGCUAAUAAGCUAAAAAAGUGUUUUUGUAUUUAAAAAGCGUUUUUUAAAACAGCUUUUUGGAUAGAAAAAAGUAAAACUUUCAAAAAGCUGGAAAUCCUAGCUUUUUAGCUUUUUAAGCCAUUUUACUUCUAAAAACAGUUUUUCUUAUCCAAACACUUUUUAAAAUCAGCUUUUCCUAAAAGCCAUAAGCUAAUAAGCAUUUUUCUUAAUAAUCACUUUUGUGUUAAAAAAGCUAACUCAAACAUGCCCUUAAUCAAUUCUUUUACUUCUAAAAUAUUAACUAAAUCGUUGAUAUAUCAUUAUUUAACUAUAUAUUUUAGGCCAUUGUCUUAAUAUAUUUGAUUAAAAUGUUAUAUUUGAAUAUAUAUGAUACUUAAUAUGCUUGAAA